AUGGGCCUAACCCUGUGUCGAUGGCUGAGUCGUGACUGCCCCAGGAGAAACAGCACCCCCUCUGGCUGGUCCUCCUCACCCUUCAUGCCCUUUGCUGUAACCCCACCGUCCCGAUUGGCUGUUCUGCUGGAUGCCUCUCCUGCGCCCCCCACUGAUCCCAGGUCCUCCUGGAGCCCCGCACACCACUCUCCCAACUUCACCCUGUCCCGGGACGGGACCGUGGCUGAGCGCGCCCCCGCCGAGCAGAGCACAGACGGGGCGCGGGGCGCGGAGGGGGAGCGCGCGGGGCUGCACGUGUGGGAGGUGCGCUGGGACCCGGCGGAGAGGGGGAGCCAUGCUGUUGUGGGCGUGUCCACCCACCGCUGCCCACGCCAGGCAUCUGGGUACACGGUGCUGGUGGGCGGGGACAGUGAGUCCUGGGGCUGGGAGCUGGGCUCCAAUCAGCUGUGGCACAGCGCCGCCUCACACGGGCAGUACCCCAGGAAGGGGGCAUGGAAAGACGGGGCGGGACCGGAAGAGCGCCCGCCGCUGGCUGUGCCGGCCCGUGUGCUAAUGGUGCUGGAUGGAGACGCCGGAACCCUGGGCUUCGUGGUAGACGGCUGCUUCCUGGGCGUGGCCGUGCAGGACCUCCCCCAGGGAGCGUGUCUGUUCCCUGCAGUCAGCAGUGUCUGGGGAGGGUGUCGGAUUACCCUGCGCUACCUCAAUGGGGCACCCAGAGAGCCUCCAUCCCUCACGUCCUUGUGCCGCCUCUCCGUCCGUCAGUCCAUGGGGAAGGACAGGGAGACGCAGACAGACAGACUGCCCUUGCCUCCCGGCCUGAGGAGACUCCUCUGGGACGCUGUGUGCUAA